UGUGUACCAUAAUUCUGGGUGAGUAGAGUUAGAUUUAAGGGGGAAACAUAAAUGGGUCAUAUAAAGUUCAAAAUUCCCGACUUUUCGUUUUUUUUUGUUUUUAUUAGAAAAUUUAUUUUUGUUUGUUAGUCAUUAAACUUUUCUUUUUUAUUCUAUUUAUUAAUUAUACACUUGUUUUUAACAAGUACUUUUUUUACUUAAAUAUUUACUAAACAAUUUUUAGAAAUUAAUUUUUUUUGAUGAUUGGAAAUAUAAAUAAUUUGGAUAUAGAGAAUGGAAGUCAAACACGGCAAAGUACCUCAAAUUCAAGUCAAACUUCCCCUACACAUAACAACACAGUUAAUUGUGUACAUAAACGAAUUUUGAGUCAAUCAGUUGCGGCAAUUUGUCAAAUCUCUGGAUUUACUAGUAUUCAAUCAAGUGCUUUGGAUGUAUUGACUGCUUUGGCACACAAAUAUUUAACGCAAAUUUGCGGCUCUGGUAGAGAACUUUGUGAACACACUGGACGUUCAAUUAUCACUCCUGGAGAUGCUUUUAUGGCAAUUAUAAGUUCGGGAAUUGAUGUCCAAAAAUUUCCAGAGUUUCUACAGUCAAUUAAAAAGGCAAAACCGCCUCCUCAAUUUACAGUUAAAUCUCAAUCGCCAGUAAAAUCUCCUCCAUUACUACGUAUUUCUGAUCCACGUCCACAUCCUUCAUAUUUUCCGAAUUUUUUGCCUCCUUUUCCAGAUCCGCAUACAUAUAUUCACACAGAGGUCAAAGAUGAUAUCGACAAUACUUAUGAAAAAGUUCGUUGUUUAACAGCAGCAAAUAGGAGGGACACAGAAAAAAGUUUGAUAAAUUAUGCUCUUUCCGUUUACCCAAGCGUUUGUGUAUUUCAAGAAUUGUCAAUGAGACUACAAUUUGAGUCUAAAGAUGUGGAACAAGAUCUACUUAAACAACAAAAAAAUGAACAAAAAAUUUGUAAUGGAGAACAAGACGAUGAUAUUUUGUUUUUGGAGAAUGGAAAUGGUGGUGAUCCAGAAAGUGUUCAAAAACUACAAAAAACAGACUCGACAGAAAUGGAACUAGAGGAUGAUGAUAACCAACAGAAAAAUAUUCUAAAAUUAACUAAUAAUUCUGUGGGCAAAAAGACUGAAACAUUGACUACAAGUGCUUCAACAUUGCAAGAUUUGCUUAUUAGUGAAGAACAACUCAAAUUACGGGAUACAGAACGUUCUUAUGUUUUUAAGAGAAUUCCUCCUUAUUGUCACAUUCUGUUGCCUUUCGAAGAUCACAAUCCAUAUAUUUCUGCAUUAAUUACUGAUGAUGUUGAUAUUAUAGAUUCUGAAGAACACAAUUAUUUUGCUUCAAUUCUUAGUAAAGAAAUGGAGGAGGAAGAGGAAGAAGACUUGAUGGAAAAUAAUAAUGAUGAAGAUGAACAACCAAUGGAUAUAGUUGGUGGAAGUGGAGGAGGUUUGAAUAUAGAUUGA